CACCCCUCUCUCGGCGGAGCCCAGAGCCUCACCAUCUCCUGCCACGGAUAGGCAGUGGUCACGGAGACACGGAGCUAGACAAGAGGAACCUACUGAGGAGGGGGAGACGUGCACAGAGCCAUUUUCUUGGAGGAGCCAGUGUGCCGUUGAUGGGAAGAGGAUGCAUUGUGGGCUGCUGGAGGAGCCUGAUAUGGAUUCCACAGGUUGGUCCUCCUGUCCUGCAACACUGCAGACUUGCCUUAUCAGGAUGCAUGGGGAACCACUCUGUUGUGGAUCACUAUAGCCACUGGUCCCCUGGGAAUUUGUGACUUUCUCGACAGCCAGUUUAGAGCCAUUUGUUAGAUUUUAGUUUCUUUAAGAUGUCAACAAAAGAGGCAUUGUGGUUUUGUGCCAUUAAUUCAUGACAAAUAUAUACCAACAAAAAGCUGGUUUAAGGGAUGGUUUGAUUAUGGAAUGACAUUAGGACAUUUAUUUUGUGCCUUAACCUUGAUUAAGGAGCAGUAAUCAAAUUUAAACUAUUAGACUACAUUCAGCAAAUUAAAGCAGGAUUCCUAAACGUUUUCAAUCUCUUUGGGUAAAAAGUAUCUUCCAAGCCUUCGAGGCGCAUGUAGCCUGUCAUGCACCUGCUUCUUGUAAACAACUUCUGGGGGAAAUAAGCGGCCAGUCGCCCGCAGCAGGAUAAAGUCGCACGGCAUGACGCAAGAAGUAGCCUAAAGUAAAUUCGAUUUAAUAUCAAAAACGAAAUGUUUAUGGUAAAUGUAUUGUAUCGCAAAAGUAACGGAGAUCGCCUGCUUCUGAAAAGUGCGCUUUUAAAAAUGUUCAGAUAAGGCGAUUAUAGAAACAUAGCCAUAAUAUGCAGAUGUAGGAUAUAAUUAGUUAUAAUGAAUGUCGCGGCUUUAGCUAUGCGUUUUUCUACUUGUGCUCUCAAUCUAACGUCAUACAUAAUUUUAUUAGGCUAUAGGCUCGCGCAUUUAUUUACUUUACUGAAUAUUAAUCGGGGAGUUUUUCCCACCUGCUGUUUAUGGUAAUUCACUGUCUGGUGGGGAGUUGGUUAACAUGAAAGAGUGUGCCUAUAAAAUUAUCAGAGAUCCGUUUAGCCCGUUGAUCGAAUUUAAUCCAAUUAUUUAGAGCUCUACCUUAUCUGUGCUCAUGGCAAAUGAUUCAAUUACAACCUAAGGAUCAGUGCUACAAUGGAUAAUUAUUUUCACCUCAGUGGACUAACUUCAUCAAUGACUGGGGAAACAUUUUAAAGUAUCAGCUAGUCUAGUGCACAAGACAAUGAAAUAAAUUACACUUCUGCCUAAUAAUGUACUGGUAUUAAUUGUGAUAAUUGGUCUAAUAAUAAUAAUCUAUGAUGGUGAUAUUAUUAUAAAUAAUGAUGAUGAUGACAAUAAUGAUUAUUUUAGUUUAUUAAUCUGAUAAUUCCUUUAAACUUGAUGGACCUGAUGACAGCACGUGUUCUCUGGUCAACUUGUGGAUUGUAAACAAUGUUAGGUAGCCUAAUCAUAAUGUUCUGUUCUUACAAAUAAAAACGAAUGCCUGACCUAAGGCUAUUGAAUAGGAGGGCUUUGCAAAGAUCAUAGUUGAUAAAUUAGGCAUAGACUACACUUUUGCUUUUAUGCAUGAGAUAAAGCAUUCUAGCUUAUUUCUUAGGCUAUUUAUUGUAACAGCGCGUGCCACUCAUCAACCAAAAGGUGUCUAAUAUUCAUUUAUUCUGAUAGUUCAGAGUCUCUAAACUUUUCCAUUUCCAUGACCAAUUCUCUAACCCCUUCUGAUGAGAUGGAACAGGUUGCCUUGCCAACAGUAAAACCUGGUAACUGCUACUAUGGUGAUUGUUGUCGUGCGGGAAACAGGAUCUACAGGACUACGAGAAAUAUUAGAAGGGUUUCUGUCCCAAGAAAGGACACCAGUUGAGCUAUUUCUAAGUAGAAAUUAGAAUGGGACAAAGGCUUCUGUGUCACGAGGCUGCUCUAGCAAUGAGUGCGGGCUCAAUUUGGCAAGUGUGCGCGCUUGUAGUCCCCCCAAGAACAAGGAAUGAUUCCUGCAGUUGUGGUGAAAACAUUUCAAAUAGAAGCACAGCUGCGCUAGGCCCCAACAAUCGAUUGUAGUCGAAUUGCUCUGUCACAUUAGUGACCAAAUGAGUGUGUGUAGGCAGUGAUAUGCAACUGGUUGUGCACUGUUUAGAUAUGAGAUAGACUGAGUUUAUGGCCAUUUAUUUUGCAUUUGGCAAAAUGUGUUUUAAAAUGAAGUUUUAAAAAGGCCACCUGUUGCAGAUGCAGCUUUAGCAAAGUCAACUUUUGAUAAACCUAUCCAAAUUUGAUUGUUAGAUUUAGAUUUAUUUAAGUUACUUUUUUUGUGAACCACAUCUUAAAAUAGGCCCUAUAUUGAUUAGGGCCAAUAGAGUAGGCUAACCAAAUAUUGGACAAAUCUGACCACCCAAUUGUUGCCACAUUUUGAUGGGCCAUAGCCCAAAUGAAUAAAUAAUUAAUCCUCAUGUGGGCCACAGAAAGAAACCUACAAUUGUAAAUUCCUGUAGGCUUUUCCCUGAUCUGUGGGCCAUCUUGCCAUUUUCUAGAGAGCUGGAUUGAAAGAUGCCUCAACGAGAGCGAGAGCAAGCGGUAUUCCAGUCACACGUCCCUGGGGAAUACGUCCAAUGACGAAAGUAAGCAGUGACUGUGUAACGCUAUAAUGUUGUAUUUAUUAUUCCAACUCAUAAAGUAAUGGAUAAAUAUCUCUUGAAAUAAUCUAUUGUCAUGGGCCUAAAUUAAGAGUGCUAUUGAUUAAACUAAAUUGAUAUUUGCUAUAAUAAGGUGCGCAAUAAUAAAAUGCGCAAAAUAUGGCAAAAGUCAGUGCACUUGUAGGAUUGGAAUUUGUGCAAAUAAAGCACACACCUUUAUUUACAAAACGUGUCAAUAACAGAUGUCCCUGAUAAUCCACUGAUUUACAUUAAUCAUAAUAUUGUUGCAGAGUAAAAUAGUUGGAUAAAGAGAGAAAUUAUCACUUUUUUUUUUAGUUUUAGCGUCAACCUUUUAGCCUUGUUCAGUUUAGAUUGAAUUUUUUAUUUUUUAUUCACAGCAAUUGGUUAUUUUUUAUUUUCUUUAUAUUGCUCUGCCUAAGUACUUAAUUGAAGAGGUGUGAUGGUUGAAAAUAGUUGACACAUUCAUUUUUUGUCUGUGAAAGAUGAGGAGAAAGAAAACAACAGGGCAUCUAAACCCCAUUCAACACCAGCUACCCUACAAUGGUAAGUGUUUGUGUAUAUUCACCUCUUUCCUAACCUGUUUAUUAUGUUAUGUACUUUUUUGUGAAAGUCUGUAACUUGGUCCAACAACAUCCAAUCAGAUUUGCAUAAUGUUGCAUUGUCCUAAAGCUGUAAUUCUAGAGAUAUAAUGCUAAUUCAAUGUCUUCAAUGCAUGAACUAUUCAGCACAUUUAUUUUUUAUUAUUUUGGGCAUUUGCAAUUUAGCUUUUUGUUUGUUGAUCAAGUUUACAAGAGCAUUCCCCUAUUUUGUUCUUAUAUUGUUUGCAAAAAUAUGUUUGAGGAUUCUCUGUAUACAGUCUUCUCAUGUAAUGGCCUAUAUCAUUGAAUCAUGUAAAGAUUAAGGACAUAAUUGUAACAUAUUGUAAUGCAUUCAUAGGACCAGAGACCUGUGUAGUUGCACCUGUUAUGUUCAGAAGGGAAUAAUAUGCAUUAGACAAAAUUAAAACAGGAAGCUGGCUAUACAGCGGCUUGCGAAAGUAUUCACCCCCCUUGGCAUGUUUCCUAUUUUGUUGCCUUACAACCUGGAAUUAAAAUUGAUUUUUUGGGGGGUUUGUGUCAUUUGAUUUACACAACAUGUCUACUACUUUGAAGAUGCAAAAUAUUUUUUAUCGUGAAACAAACAAGAAAUAAGACAAAAAAAACAGAAAACUUGAGCGUGCAUAACUAUUCAACCCCCCCAAGGUCAAUACUUUGUAGAGCCACCUUUUGCAGCAAUUACAGCUGCAAGUCUCUUAGGGUAUGUCUCUAUAAGCUUGGCACAUCUAGCCACUGGGCUUUUUGCCCAUUGUUCAAGGCAAAACUGCUCCAGCUCCUUCAAGUUGGAUGGGUUCCGCUGGUGUACAGCAAUCUUGAAGUCAUUAAUUUUUUAAAACAUUUUGAGUCAUUUAGUAGACGCUGUUAUCCAGAGCAACUUACAAUUAGUGAGUGCAUACAUUUUCAUACUGGUCCCCCCGUGGGAAACGAACCCACAACCCUGGCAUUGCAAGCGCCAUGCUCUACCAACUGAGCUACAGGGGACUACACAGAUUCAUACCACAGAUUCUCAAUUGGAUUGAGGUCUGGGCUUUGACUAGGCCAUUCCAAGACAUUUAAGUGUUUCCCCUUAAACCACUUGAGUGUUGCUUUAGCAGUAUGCUUAGGGUCAUUGUCCUGCUGGAAAGUGAACCUCCGUCCCAGUCUCAAAUCUCUGGAAGACUGAAACAGGUUUCCCUCAAUAAUUUCCCUGUAUUUAGCACCAUCCAUCAUUCCUUCAAUUCUGACCAGUUUCCCAUGGUGGUGGCAGCAUGAUGCUGCCACCACCAUGCUUUCACUGUGGGGAUGGUGUUUUUGGGGUGAUGAGAGGUGUUGGGUUUGCGCCAGACAUAGCGUUUUCCUUGAUGGCCAGAAAGCUCAAUUUUAGUCUCAUCUGACCAGAGUACCUUCUUCCAUAUGUUUGGGGAGUCUCCCACAUGGCUUUUGGCGAACACCAAAUGUGUUUGCUUAUUUUAUUCUUCAAGCAAUGGCUUUUUUCUGGCCACUCUUCCGUAAAGCCCAGCUCUGUGGAGUGUACGGCUUAAAGUGGUCCUAUGGACAGAGACUCCAAUCUCCGCUGUGGAGCUUUGUAGCUCCUUCAGGGUUAUCUUUGAUCUCUUUGUUGCCUCUCUGAUUAAUGCCCUCCUUGCCUGUGUGAGUUUUGGUGGACGGCCCUCUCUUGGCAGGUUUGUUGUGGUGCCAUAUUCGUUCAAUUUUUUUAUAAUGGAUUUAAUGGUGCUCCGUGGGAUGUUCAAAGUUUCGGAUAUUUUUUUAUAACCCAACCCUGAUCUGUACUUCUCCACAACUUUGUCCCUGACCUGUUUGGAGCGCUCCUUGGUCUUCAUGGUGCCACUUGCUUGGUGGUGCCCAUUGCUUAGUGGUGUUGCAGACUCUGGGGCCUUUCAGAACAGGUGUAUAUGUACUGAGAUCAUGAGACAGAUCAUGUGACACUUAGAUUGCACACAGGUGGACUUUAUUUAACUAAUUAUAUGACUUCUGAAAGUAAUUGGUUGCACCAGAUCUUAUUUAGGGGCUUCAUAGCAAAGGGGGUGAAUACAAAUGCACGCACCACUUUUAUUUUUUUUAUUUCUAUUUUUUUUCUUGAAACAAGUUAUUUUUUUCAUUUCACUUCACCAAUUUGGACUAUUUUGUGUAUGUCCAUUACAUGAAAUCCAAAUAAAAAUCCAUUUAAAUUACAGGUUGUAAUGCAACAAAAUAGGAAAAAUGCCAAGGGGGAUGAAUACUUUUGCAAGGCACUGUAUCAAGACAUUCUUCUUCUUUUAAUUAUUUGUUGUCUGUAUUUUAUAUUUAAUUCCUUCUGGUGAAAGCACACUGGUGAAAACACUUGAUCAGUCUGUUUGUUGGAGAUGUACUUUUUUGAAGGGUGGUGAAUAUGUGUUUAUCAGUCAUUUUCAUGCCACUGUAGUCGAGGCGGGAUGGUUUGUGUAGUGUUCAAUCAAUCAAAUGUAUUUAUAAAGCCCUUUUUACAUCAGCAGAUGUCACAAAGUGCUUAUACAGAAACCCAGCCUAUAACCCUAAACAGCAAGCAAUGCAGAUGUAGAAGCACGGUGGCUAGGAAAAACUCCCUAGAAAGGCAGGACCCUAGGAAGAAACCUAGAGAGGAACCAGGCUCUGAGGGGUGGCCAGUCCUCUUCUUGCUGUGCCGGAUGGAGAUUAUAUGAGUACAUGGCCAUUAAGGCCAGAUCGUUCUUCAAGAUGUUCAAAUGUUCAUAGUGUUGUUGUCAUAUACAUAGAUUCCUAUUUAGAUAGACAUACCUGGUCUACAUGAAUAUAGAGGAGCGUUUUAGGUCCCCAGGGAUUACACAGUCAUUCACACUUCAACAGCAGUGAGGGAACUUCCCAUUUUCAUCUCACUUCUGAAAUGGCCCUUUUUGUUUUGGUUUAUUGCUUGAGGGAGGUGUUCAUGAGACAUAAUAUUGAGGAUUCUUGUGAAAUGUUCUUAUUUAACACUGCUCUGUAAUAAGACAGAUAAAAUAACAGUCUUUGCUUUAUUUUGCACUUAAAAUACAGGUGUACAUAGUCUCUUGAUACUAAUGAGUAAUUGCAGACAUCGCAGUUCAUUUUAUGUUCAUGAGAUGUUCAAAAUAACUUUUUUAUCAUCCAGAAUUUUGUAUGCUAUAACAUGUAUGCUAUUAAGAGUGCUUCAUCACAACUUUAUAUGCCCCAAUUUAUCGUCUAUUUUCAAUGUAUUAUUGGAGCAACCGAUAAGUGUUUUCUAGUACUUUGAAGCAUGUUGUAAUGCUUAGUUUUGUGAUGUAUUUAUGCUAUACAGUAGAGAUAUUAUGUAGUGAACUGAUGGUUGUAGUUCCGUCUUUCCCAGAUGUUGUAAAAUAAAUCCACGUGUAAUUUCCCAAAGUAGCUCCUAAUUUAGGUUAGAUUGUUCAUCUAAUAUGGUCCACUAGAAAAUAACCUGCUGUUGACUGAAUAAGUAAAGGAGUAAACUGGGUAACACUUUAUUUGGAUGCCGGUAGAUGCCAGACUAGAGAUGUCUUUGAGGUCAGUAAGAAGUCCAUGCUAUUUUGUGGGGAUUGAUUGACAGGUCUGCUUUUCACCUACAGGCUGGAGGAGAACUAUGAGAUUGCAGAAGGGGUUUGUAUCCCCCGCAGUGCUCUCUACAUGCACUACCUGGACUUCUGUGAGAAGCACGACACACAGCCUGUCAACGCCGCCAGCUUUGGGAAGGUAGGACACAGCACUCUGCCCCGUCACUGACCAGUUUAACAGGAAACUUAGGAGGGACUGCUUGGUUGAGCCCAAACUAAUUUUGUGAACAUAAUACUUCACAGAAAGUGCAGUAGGCUAUACCUGCGUAGGAAGGUUACCAUCUAUUAGAACUAUCUUCUUCAUAGACAUUAGUAAAACAUGAAGGGGGGAAAUAAGCAGCAUUGAACAAGUAUGCUUACUGAUUGUGUAUGUAAAUCAGGCUCAUGGCUUGUUACGGUAUAUUUGGAAAGUAAAAUCCACAUGUAGUUAUUGAGAGCCAACGGAACAGUCCACUGAUGGUUCCUCUGAAAACCGCUGGACUGGUUACACAGCUAGAGAAAACAAGCCCCUCUACCCACCUACUCCCAGCCACCCCGAACACCCGGACCCUGACCCCCAGCCCCAUCCUCAUCCCACCCCUGGUCCCCCACCCCCCCAGCUCCUGUCGGAGGAUAUUGAAAAAAAGAAGGGGCCUGGAUUAAUGUGUAAUUAAAGGAAAUUUGGAAGGGUGAGAUGUUGCGGAAUGUUAGAUCAGUGGCUGGAGCAGUGUGGGGUGUCCUUUAGGAAGGCUUCAUUGAUUCGGGACAAAAAAACAAGCGAGGGCCCAGGCUGCCUCCCUGUCUGCUCAUUUAUCAAGCGGGGCCUGACAGAAACUUCACAGCUUGGCCUCUUUUUUCAUCCCGCACAAUGGAAAGCUCCACUGUUUGCUAAAGUUUCUGCACCGGGAGCUGAACCAAGGAGCCAAUAUCAUGGACAAAAAGAAAGAGGGAGAGGGGGAGAAGGAGCGAGGGGGAGAGAUUUUGGAGAGGUUUUUAAUAUAUAAAAAAUAAUACCUCUGAACAUGUAAAAAUGUAUGGUUCCCAAAGCCUUUUUUUUUCCAGUACAGACCUCCCUGAGGUUAAGGCUCUGGGAACUUCACAGCUCUUCACGUCUAGAACAGACCUCAUUGAACAGAUACUGGCCCAAAACAUUUGAGAUACUUUCACUUGAUUCAUUGAUAUGUUCAAUAUGGAUUUUCCUGUCAUUCUUUAUGAGCUGUACAUGAAUAUUAAUAAUUCUGGAUGGGCUAGUUACUUCAGCCGCUAGCUGAGGAAAUUGUGGACUUUUUUCUUGGGUUGUCCUUUUAGUGUAUCACUUCCUUUACAUCUACAGUAUGAUAUCACUGUCAAGAGUGAUACUUCAUUUUUAACAGGUCCUUUACAUGGGGGAUAUACACCUCAAAAAGCAUGAAAAAUCUGACAGAGGAAAAAUAAUUGAUACACUUCUAAUUCUCUGAUUCUAACAGAUUAUUAGACAACAGUUUCCACAACUGACCACAAGAAGACUGGGGACCAGGGGCCAGUCAAAGUAAGUCAAUGUUGUUUUCUACUUUUCUGAUCAAAAUACCUCAAUGCAUAAGCUGUCAUGUCUUUCUUUGUGCACAUUGGUUUUGAUCAUUUUUUCAUUAAUUCAAGAGAAGUAUAAUUGUAUUGUAUGAUGAAAGUUAAAACCUCAACCUUUCAAUGUAAAAAUACUCAGUAUAGGAGAAUGGUAAUUGGAUGGAGAUAGUGGAAAGCGAGAGCCUGCUUUUAAGGAUUCUUCAAGCCAGUACUCUUCACCAUAUGAGGAUGCAACCCCUCAAAAUCAUAUGAUGACAGGCCACGCCCUCACACCCUGAUUAAGGCUCUUUAGUGGAAAUGUUGGUCAUAUAAAUCCACAGCAAGAAAAGAUGACUGCAACUUUCUUUACCAUUUAUACACCUCUUUAACUAUCAACUAUUCCCUAAAGGUACCACUACUAUGGCAUCGCUGUGAAGGAGAGCUCCCAGUACUACGACGUGAUGUACUCCAAGAAGGGGGCGGCGUGGGUGAACGAGACGGGCAAGAAGGAGGUCACCAAGCAGACAGUGGCGUAUUCACCACGCUCCAAACUGGGGACGCUCCUGCCAGACUUUCCAAAUGUCAAAGACCUAAAUCUGCCUGCCAGUCUGCCAGAAGAGAAGGUAAACAGGACUCUAAAACAUCCCAGCCCCACAACCCCCUCCUCUCUCAUCCAACCAACCUUUUGCCCCUCUCGCACCCUCUGGCUCUCUCCUUUUAUCUGGCCCGGACCUUCACUGAGUCUGGGUUUAGAGAAGAAGGACCUUGAGGAUUUAUAUGCUGCUGGCUCCUCACUAACUCUUAAUCUUGUGGGGAGAUAAUAAGAUCCAGUGCCGGACAAAGGACAAGCUCUAGCUGUCCUGCUUUUAAAAGAGGGGGCCAUCAUUUUCAAUGGUUUGUGAGUUGCUGAUCUCUAAAGCCGGUUUUAUGUAACAUAGUUUUGGUGUGGGACCUGUUGCAGGUAUUUAUUGGUGCUGAUGCUUUUGGAAGGGAUUUAUUGUCUUGUUUUUCGUAUCAAUCCCUUUGUGUAUUAUAAUCACUUGAAAACACUAGCUACCGUAUAUAUACUGUACAGUUGAAGCCAGUUCACUGAUUAGAAUGUAUCCCAACUGAAGCAGCAUCCUGGUCAUUCACUAAGAAUGUCACUAAGAAACAGGAUGUCCCUUUGAUAAGUAGCAAUGUGAUACAGACUUGGAACUCCGUUACUGCCAUGCAGUUACAGUGCUUUCGGAAAGUAUUCAGACCCCUUUACUUUUUCCACAUUUUGUUACGUUACAGACUUAUUCUAAAAUGGAUUAAAUAAAAAAUUUCCCUCAUCGAUCUACACACAAUACCCCAUAAUGACAAAGCGAAAACAGGUUUUUAGACAUUUUUGCAAAUUCAUAAAAAAUUAAGAACAGAAAUACAUUAUUUACAUAAGUAUUCAGACCCUUUGCUAUGAGACUCGAAAUUGAGCUCAGGUGCAUCCUGUUUCUAUUAAUCAUCCUUGAGAUGUUUCUACAACUUGAUUGGAGUCCUCCUGUGGUAAAGUCAAUUCAUUGGACAUUAUUUGGAAAGGCACACACCUGUCUAUAUAAGGUCCCACAGUUGAUAGUGCAUGUCAGAAGAAAAACCAAGCCAUGAGGUCGAAGGAAUUGUCCGUAGAGCUCCGAGACAGGAUUGUGUCAAGGCACAGAUCUGGGGAAGGGUACAAAAAAAUGUCUGCAGCAUUGAAGGUCCCCAAGAACACAGUGGCCUCCAUCAUUCUUACAUUGAAGAAGUUUGGAACCACCAAGACUCUUCCUAGAGCUGGCCCCUUGACCAAACUGAGCAAUCGGGGGAGAAGGGCCUUGAUCAGGGAGGUGACCAAAAACCUGAUGGUCACUCUGACAGAGCUCCAGAGUUCCUCUGUGGAGAUGGGAGAACCUGCCAGAAGGAUAACCACCUCUGCAGCACGCCACCAAUCAGGCCUUGAUGAUAGAGUGGCCAGAUGGAAGCAACUCCUCAGUAAAAAAGGCAUAUGACAGCCCGCUUGGAGUUUGCCAAAAGGCACAUAAAGCACUCUCAGACCAUGAGAAACAAGAUUCUCAGGUCUGAUGAAACCAAGAUUGAACUCUUUGGCCUGAAUGCCAAGCGUCAGACAGGGGCGAAGGUUCACCUUCCAACACGACAACGACCCUAAGCACACAGCCAAGAGAACGCAGGAGUGGCUUCGGGACAAGUCUCUGAAUGUCCUUGAGUGGCCCAGCCAGAGCCCGGACUUGAACCUCGAUUGAACAUCUCUUGAGAGACCUGAAAAUAGCUGUGCAGUGACGCUCCCCAUCUAACCUGACAGAGCUUGAGAGGAUCUGCAGAAAAGAAUGGGAGAAACUCCCCAAAUACAGGUGUGCCAAGCUUGUAGCGUCAUACUCAAGAAGACUCGAGACUGUAAUCGCUGCCAAAAGUGCUUCACCAAAGUAAACGGUCUGAAUACUUAUGUAAAUGUGAUUUCAGUUUUUUAUUUAAAAUAAUUUGCAAAAAUGUCAAAUUAACUGUUUUUGCUUUGUCAUUAUGGGGUAUUGUGUGUAGAUUGAUGAGGGAAAAAAACAAUUUAAUCCAUUUUAGAAUAAGGCUGUUACUUAACAAAAUGUGGAAAAAGUCAAGGGAUUUGAAUACUCAGUGUUCGUUACAUUUUCCCACAGGUGUCAACGUUCAUCAUGAUGUACAGAACUCACUGCCAGAGGAUACUGGAUACAGUAAUACGCGCAAACUUUGACGAGGCAAGCCACUUAUAUAUCUGUCGAUCUUAUGCCCCUUUAUUUACCAGCCCCAGUAAAUGUAACAGGACUUUGUGGUUAUUUUUUUUGUGGACUUUUUUAACUCUCUUGUUGAAAUUGGUAACAGAAAAGAUUAUGAGCUAAAUGUUCUUGGACUUCCAAAUUAAAACCUCCCAUUUUCAUGAGAUACAGUUUAGUUUGAACCUAAUCUCAGAACCCUUAACCAAAUGUGUUAUGUUACCAGUCUGUCACAAAAAACGACUUCUAACCUGAAUUAAUCUCAUGAGAAAUAUUGUUUUAGUCUCUCUAGUCUCUUUAGUUGUAUUGUAUGUGACAUUAAGACAAUAACCCUCCUCUCUUGGGUGUCUCCAGGUCCAGAGCUUCCUGCUGCACUUUUGGCAGGGCAUGCCCCCCCACAUGCUCCCUGUCCUGGGCUCCUCCACUGUGGUCAACAUCGUUGGCGUCUGUGACUCCAUCCUCUACAAGGCAAUCUCUGGGGUUCUCAUGCCCACUGUCCUUCAAGCACUGCCUGAUAGGUGAGUGCAUGUGUUGUGUACUGUAGCUCCUAUCCACUCCCCAGCGAUCACUAAUGCCACAAUCCUGUGUUUCAGCCCAACAUCUACAAUUCAUGGACACAGUUAUGAAUGCAAAGACUGACAGUCCAUGAGAGCCACAUAAUUGUUUUAAACAUACUUUGACGUGUGAAUUGUUUGUUUAAAAAGACUGACAUGGCAAACUUGCCAUUUCGAGAGCUUCCCACUGGGCACACACUGGUUGAAUCAACGUUGUUUCCACGUAAUUUCAAUAAAAUUAAGUUGACCCAACGUGGAAUAGAAGUUGAAUUGACAUCUGUGCCCAGUGGGCAUAAGGUUCUAUGAUUCUGAGAUAUUUGGCUUUAAAGUUCCGAACCCUCAUUGGUUUGAAUGGUGUCAGCAAUUUUUUUCUUAUUUUUAACUUAACGACAUUGGGGUAUUUAGAGUAUAUAUGGGUAGAGAACAUUGAACAGAACAAGACUAUGUCAAUAACUCAUUUUUAGCAAAAAUACAGAUAGAACCUUAUAGUCCCAAGCUCUUGAUUUGCCUCAGUUAUUUGUGAUGUAAUUUAGGUGUACUCUACAUGUGUUGAUCCAGUUUGACCCAGGUGAUCCGGAAGUUUGCCAAACAGCUGGAUGAGUGGCUUAAAAUAGCACUUCACGACCUGCCUGAAAACCUGAGGAAUAUCAAAUUCGAAUGUAGGUGUCUGCAUUGAAAAAUAAAAUCGUUACAGAUUUUAGAAAAUAGGUUCCGAUAGCUAAAUGGUAUUCUGUAUAAACCAUAACAGUUAAUAUUUCCUCUCCCUUUUAUCCACAGUAUCUAGAAGAUUUUCUCAGGUUCUCAAGCGGCAGACAUCUUUGAACCAUCUAUGUCAGGUAGCUACAUCACUGUAUCAAUGUAAUGAAGUCAAUAUGAAGAUAUGACUGAUAAAGGUAUAUGCAGUGUGUAUCACUAUCUAAUAAUGUACUAUCUGAUAAUGUGUGUGUUGAUGUGUCUCCGGAAAGGCAUCGCGGACGGUGAUCCACAGUGCAGACAUCACCUUUCAGAUGAUGGAGGACUGGAGGAACGUGGACCUGAACAGCAUCACCAAGCAGACACUUUACACCAUGGAGGACACACGGGAGGAGCACCGGCGGCUCAUCAUCCACUGUAAGGGCAAGACAAGCACACGCGUAGGGACGCAGACACAAAUGCACACACAUACACAAUCCCUGUAGCAGCAUUCAUAUUAAGUUACGUUUAGUCAAGAAGCCUAGAAUCCCCAUUCUAAACAAUCCUAUUGUGCUCCAAUACACUUUACUUAAAUUCCUUGCUCUCCUUCAUAGCAUUGUAGGAGAGAAAUGCACUUCACUCCCACACUCUCACACACACAGCCGCCAAUAACACACAGUAGAUGUCAGCCAUUGGACAAUCAUUCCCACGGCCAGGAAAGUCAAGCCUUAAUGAUGGAGGCUGAAAGGUUAAGCAAGUUGACUCUGCUCUGAAACACCCCGUGGAGCAUCUCAAAUUCAUUUCAGCGUCAACCCCCUGAAAUGGCCGUGAUAGGGUCACAGGUCACAGAUUGGCUGGUGUUGUUGCAUAAAGAAGCUAUUUCAAUGUCCCACUCUCAUUCUGUUCUGUUAGACAGAGAGAAAUGAUGCACUAUAACAACAAGUAAGAAACAUAGCCACAUACAAGACAUACUGUAUAGGCUGCUGGUUUUGGUAGUUUGAUUGAUUUAAGUAAUGGUAAUUUAGGUCCACACACUACAACUUUUCCACCUCUUCAUUUGAUCCAAAUUGCUAUCUGUCAAGACUCUCAUCUGGGUAGACAAGUAUGGGACAUCCUCCACCAGUUACAAAUGUAUGUGCCCUGAAUGAUGACAUAGGCUAUGUGUUGACAAACUGUGGCUAAAUGCAGGUCUCGUCUCCUUCCCCUCUCAGUGUACCAGGAGUUUGACCAUCUGCUGGAGGAGCAGUCUCCUAUAGAGGCCUACAUAGAGUGGCUGGACUCCAUGGUGGACCGCUGUGUUGUCAAGGUCAGUUAAAGAACUCAUUACUUCAUUUUACCACAAAAACAUAUUUUUUUUAUGCCCUGUUAAGAUCUAGGAUGUAUCAUCAGAAAACUUCCAGAAAUCCUCUUGAGGCAUGUGCUUUCUACCAUCGCUACAGGUGUAUACUGUUCGUAAGUGGAAACUAUAGAAAUAACCUCUUAAAUUGUCCCCUAGAAAUGUCCACACUGACGUAUGUGUUACAUUUACCAAGGCCAUUCUGGACGACGAUGUGUUAUUUUAUUGUUGAAGUAUAUUUAUACAGCAAAUCAGUAAGGAUUAUGGCCCUUUAAAAAUAAACGAUGCAUUUGAAUGACAUCCGUUUCUCCAUGACUUGCUGACGCAGAGCCACUCGCGCUGCCAUCCUCCUAGUUAAUGAUGUCUUCAUGGCUCCCAUUUGCGCCAUUAUGCUCCAGAUAUGGGCUUGUAAAAUGUUGUUGCCCUGGCAACGUCCUGGACUCCCCAGACAAUGGUUCAAUGGGAAGGCUUGUCCCCAGGGGCAAAUUAAAUAGUUGACUUGUUGACGUGUUUUUCAUUCCUGAGGGUUAAGCCCCAAUACGAACCCAGGGGUUAAUUCUCUCCCUCCCCAACCCUUCCCCUUCUUUUCUCAUGGAAAUGUCCCCUUAAGGUGGCAGGGAAGAGGCCUGGGUGCCUGAAGAAGGUGGCCCAGCAGUUCCUGCUCAUGUGGUCGUGCUUCGGGACACGAGUCAUCCGGGAUAUGACCCUCCACAGUGCGCCUAGCUUCGGUGAGUGGUUGGAUCUAACAUUGGGCUGGGGCAUGUAUCAGCCGACACAGGAAAUACGUUUGCUUUAGUGGGGUUAUGUAACGUUAUUGGAGCAUAUUGCUGGUGUCACUAGUGUCAGACAGAAGUUGACUAGAAUAGACUUUGAAGAACACUAACAGAUUACCCAGGGCAUUGCCCCAUAACUUGCUGAACUGAGAUGUGAAUAUACUACUAUGCACAUAGGUCCAAAAGUAGUUUAAGCCCCUCACCCCAUUUUUGGGAAAUUAUAAUAAGAAAAGUUAUGCACAGACUCGGCAGAGAAUCCCCUUCGAUUGUUCUCCCAAUCCAAAACGGGGAAAGUGUGGUCGUAAGAUGGCUGCCUUGCUGGCAUGGCCCCCCUAGCCUUUACUUUACUAUCUAGCGGUGCAUGACCAAGGCACCGAAAGAUAUAGGGGCCAUGCCAAAAAUGGCUUCCCUCUCCUCUCCUCUCCUCUCCUCUCCUCUCCUCUCCUCUCCUCUCCUCUCCUCUCCUCUCCUCUCCUCUCCUCUCCUCUCCUCUCCUCUCCUCUCCUCUCCUCUCCUCUCCUCUCCCUCCCCUUCAGGCCUGUCUGUGAAUAUCAAAGCCACAGCUGGUUGCAGUGUUUUGAUAAAGCAGCUCUCUGUGCAAAAACAGCUAAUUAACAAUGGCUACCCCAUCCUCCCUUCCCCAAUCUGUUUGCCUAUCUUUUCCAUUUUAUGACCAGGCAGGAUUGCACUGCUCCGUUCCCUGAAUAGCCACUGGUGUUUAUUAUGCGCACGAUGGCUGGAGUGACCAGCACAAUGUCACGAUUGUGUCACACUCCUUUCCUUCCCCAGCGACAGUCUCAGUCAUCUCCCAUACCAGACCCAGGGGUCAGUCGUCAUAUUGGGGGCAGUGACUUUGUACCCGGAAACAAGAAACAGCCCCCCUGUCUCUUUUGAUGACAAUGACUGCCCAGUCGUUCUUCUCCUUCACACUGCCUGUUCAGUUGAGUGUGCUGCUAUGAUGCAGUCAAUGGUGUACUGCAGUUUUGCGAAGCCUGCCCGAAAGGUCAGAGCAAAGGUGUGUUCAGCAGUAGUUAUAUCAGAUGAACCAUGACUAUAAUACAGUAUAUACAUAUAAAGUGGGUAAAACAGUGACCAGUGUUCAAUGACUCUAUGUACAUAGGGCAAAGCAGCCUCUAAGGUGCAGGGUAGAGUACCGGGUGGUAGCCGGCUAGUAACAGUGACUAAAGUUCAGGGCAGUGUACUGGGCGGAGUAACUUGAAUCUCCCCUCUCUCUCUCUCUAUCUGUCUGUGUGUAGGCUCAUUCCACCUGAUCCACCUGAUGUUUGAUGACUAUGUGCUGUACCUGCUGGAGUCCCUGCACUGCCAGGAGAGGGCCAACGAGCUCAUGAGGUCCAUGAAGGCAGAGGGCAACACAGGUCAGACCACCACCCUGUCAACAACUACUACUGGAACUGCUUCCAAUACUGCUACUACUGCUACUACAGCACUGCAUUGCCACUGCAACUAUUAGUAUUACUACAAUCACAACAACUACAAUUACUAGUACUACUACUACUACUACUACUACUACUACUACUACUGAUAAUAAUAUUACUAAUACUUCUGUAUAGGACUUUGGAAUUACCUAUCAUACUACCAAUCAGUAUUGCUGCUGCUGCUGCUACUAAAACAACAACAAAAAUAACUAAAUGUAUUUUGACAAUACUGAAAUUGAAUGCUGUAUAAGGUACAUUGACUCUUGAGUACAUAAGAACCUCAUGUCUCUCUAAUAGUUUAUUGACCUCUGACCCCUUCUUAUAGCUGAGCAAGAAGAAGAGAUGAUGCUGACGGAGACCACGCCCACCUCCACGUCCCCAGGGCCCUUCUCGCCGGCCAAGUCUGUCACCUCAGUGGGGGUCCCAGCCGCCAGCUCCCCCACUGCUGCCCAGUCCCCAGAGUACACAGGGGCCACAACCACCACAGGUGAGAGAGACAGACAGCAACACUGGGGGCCUGGGGAGUGAAUCUGUAAGUGGGGAGAGUUGCUUGGAUAUUGAGCUAAUACUAGACUGGAGCUACAAUACUAUAGAAGCAAUCCCACUUGUCUGUGGUCAUGUUCUGUAGGUAAUGUUACGAUCAUGUCCAACAAAGUACAUAAUGUAAGAUACAUUAAUUAAUACAUAACAGUUGAAUUAAAUGAUUUAUUAGAAUGGGCCUAUCUGCCUGUGCUCAUGCAUUGGGUUGGUUUCUAAGGGUCACGGCAAGGUAGAUUCCUCUGUGCCAAUCCCUUUGUCUCUGUGUGUGUAUGUGUUACCUGUGUGUGCCAGGAGCUGUUCAGUCAUAUACCUGGUCCCUUACGUACACAGUGACAACGUCAGGCGGCACCCCUUCUGAGGGCGGACAGCAGCAGCCUUGCAUGCGCAGUGGUGCCCCAGUGCCCCCUCCCUCCUCUGCCCAUCGACUGCCAGUCUACGCACACAGGGAUGAACACGGGUGAGCUGUCAUAUAGGGAUUAUGAGCUGUCAUAGAGGGGUUAUGAGCUCUCAUAGAGGGGUUAUGUCAUAGAGGGGUUAUGAGCUCUCAUAGAGGGGUUAUGAGCUGUCAUAGAGGGGUUAUGAACUCUCAUAGAGGGGUUAUGAGCUCUCAUAGGGGGGUAGUGAGCUCUCAAAGGGGGGUUAUAAGGUCUCAUAGGGGGGUUAUGAGCUGUCAUAGAGGGGUUAUAAGCUCUUAUAGAGGGAUUAUGAGAGCUCUCAGAGGGGUUAUGAGCUCUCAUAGGGUGGUUAUAAGGUCUUAUAGGGGCGUUAUGAGCUGUCAUAGAGGGGUUAUGAGCUCUCAUAGAGGGGUUAUUUGAUUUCUUACAAAACAAUUGAUGGAAAACAUUUGAAGUACUACAUUGAAUACAUGAUGUUGACCUGUUUUUGUGCGUGCUCUCCAGGUUCACUGGGAGCUAUAACUACGGAAGCUACUCAAACCAGCACCCCCACUCCAUCCAGAGCCAGUACCCCAGUCUGGCCCAUGAACCGGGUAUCCCUGCCCCCCUCCACUAUCCCGCCUACCACCGCACCUCUGCACAGGUCAGUCCCAACAAAUCAGGCCAUAGCACCUACAUUCACCUGAGAAUCUGCUAACGGUUUAUACAGGAUGGAAUCACAGUGGAGAAAAUUCAGUAACUUUAUACUACGCACAUCUAGUCGAAAAGUGUUAGCUUACAUUAGCUUUAUAUUAGUCUCUCAGCGCACACACAACAUUUGGUUCUGGGUGCCGAGAUUGGCUUUAUAUUUGCUCAACCCUUUUAGACCCUUUGUCAUCCAACAUAUCAAAUAAAAUAAAAUUAUUUGCCACAUGCGCUGAAUACAACAGGUGUAGACCUUACAGUCAAAUGCUUACUUACAAGCCCUUAACCAACAAUGCAGUUAAGAAAAAGAAGUGUAAAGUAAAAAAAAUAGAUAAGUUUAAAAAAAUUAAUUACAAAAAUAAUCAAUGAACAGCAGUAAAAUAAGAUAACAGUAGGGAGGCUUUAUACAGGGGAUACCGGUACAGAGUCAAUGUGCGGAGGCACCGGUUAGUCGAGGUAAUUUAGGUAAUAUGUACAUGUGUAUAGAGUUAAAGUGACUAUGCAUAGAUAAUAAACAGAGUAGCAGCAGCAUGCAAAUAGUCAGGGUAGCCAUGAUUCGCUGUUCAGGAGUCUUAUGGCUUGGGGGUAGAAGCUGUUAAGAAGCCUUUUGGACCUAGACUUGGCGCUCCGGUACUGCUUUCCGUGCGAUAGCAGAGAGAACACUCUAUGACUAGUGUGGCUGGAGUCUUUGACAAUUUUUAGGACCUUCCUCUGACACCGCCUGGUAUAGAGGUCCUGGAUGGCAGGAAGCUUGGCUCCAGUGAUGUACUGGGCUGUACGCACUACCCUCUGUAGUGCCUUGUGGUCGGAGGCUGAGCAGUUGCCAUACCAGGCGGUGAUGCAACCAGUCAGGAUGCUCUCAAUGGUGCAGCUGUAGAACUUUUUGAGGAUCUGAGGACCCAUGCCAAAUCUUUUCAGUCUCCUGAGGGGGAAUAGGCUUUGUCGUGCCCUCUUCACGACUGUCUUGGUGUGUUUGGACCAUGAUAGUUUGUUGGUGAUUUGGACACCAAGGAACUUGAAGCUCUCAACCUGUUCCACUACAGCCCCAUCGAUGAGAAUGGGGGCGUGCUCAGUCCUCUUUUUUUUCCUGUAGUCCACAAUCAUCUCCUUUGUCUUGAUCACGUUGAGGGAGAGGUUGUUAUCCUGGCACCACACGGCCAGGUCUCUGACCUCCUCCCUAUAGGCUGUCUCAUCGUUGUCGGUGAUCAGGCCUACCACUGUUGUGUCGUCGGCAAACUUAAUGAUGGUGUUGGAGUCGUGCCUGGCCAUGCAGUCAUGGGUGAACAGGGAGUACAGGAGGGGACUGAGCAUGCACCCCUGAGGGGCCCCCGUGUUGAGGAUCAGUGUGGCAGAUUUGUUGUUACCUACCCUUACCACCUGGGGCCGGCCCGUCAGGAAGUCCAGGAUCCAGUUGCAGAGGGAGGUGUUUAGUCCCAGGGUCCUUAGCUUAGUGAUGAGCUUUGAGGGCACUAUGGUGUUGCACGCUGAGCUGUAGUCAAUGAAUAGCAUUCUCACGUAGGUGUUCCUCUUGUCCAGCUGGGAAAGGGCAGUGUGGAGUGCAAUAGAGAUUGCAUCAUCUGUGGUUCUGUUGGGGCGGUAUGUAAAUUGGAGUGGGUCUAGGGUUUCUGGGAUAAUGGUGUUGAUGUGAGCCAUGACCAGCCUUUCAAAGCACUUCAUGGCUACAGACGUGAAUGCUACGGGUCGGUAGUCAUUUAGGCAGUUUAUCUUAGUGUUCUUGGGCACAGGGACUAUGGUGGAUCUGCUUGAAACAUGUUGGUAUUACAGAAUCAGUCAGGGACAUGUUGAAAAUGUCAGUGAAGACACUUGCCAGUUGGUCAGCACAUGCUCGGAGUACACGUCCUGGUAAUCCGUCUUGCCCUGCGGCCUUGUGAAUGUUGACCCGGCUUAAAAGUCUUACUCACAUCGGCUACGGAGACCGUGAUCACAUAGUCAUCCGUAACAGCUGAUGCUCUCAUGCAUGCUUCAGUGUUGCUUGCCUCGAAGGGAGCAUAGAAGUGAUUUAGCUCGUCUGGUAGGCUCGUGUCACUGUGCAGCUCGCGGCUGUGCUUCCCUUUGUAGUCUGUAAUAGUUUGCAAGCCCUGCCACAUCCAACGAGCGUCGGACCCGGUGUAGUAUGAUUCAAUCUUAGUCCUGUAUUGACUCUUUGCCUGUUUGAUGGUUCGUCGGAGGGCAUAACGGGAUUUCUUAUAAGCGUCUGGGUUAGAGUCCCGCUCCUUGAAAGCGGCAGCUCUACCCUUUAGCUCAGUGCGGAUGUUGCCUGUAAUCCAUGGCUUCUGGUUGGGGUAUGUAUGUACGGUCACUGUGGGGACGACGUCAUCGAUGCACUUAUUGAUGAAGCCAGUGACUGAUGUGGUGCUACUCCUCAAUGCUAUCGGAAGAAUCACGGAACAUAUUCCAGUCUGUGCUAGCAAAACAGUCCUGUAGCUUAGCAUCUGUGUCAUCUGACCACUUUUUUAUUGACCGAGUCACUGGUGCUUCCUGCUUUAGUUUUUGCUUAUAAGCAGGAAUCAGGAGGUUAGAGUUAUGGUCAGAUUUGCUAAAUGGAGGGCGAGGGAGAGCUUUGUAUGCGUCUCUGUGUGUGGAGUAAAGGUGGUCUAGAGUUUUUUUUUCCCCUCUGGUUGCACAUUUAACAUGCUAGUAGAAAUUAGGUAGAACGGAUUUAAGUUUCCCUGCAUUAAAGUCCCCGGCCACUAGGAUUGCUGCCUCUGGAUGAGCGUUUUCCUGUUUGCUUAUGGCCUUAUACAGCUCAUUGAGUGCAAUCUUCGUGCCAGCAUCGGUUUGUGGCGGUAAAUAGACAGCUACGAAAAAUAUAGAAGAAAGCUUUCUUGGUAAAUAGUGUGGUCUACAGCUUAUCAUGAGAUACUCUACCUCAGGCGAGCAAAACCUUGAGACUUCCUUAGUAUUAGAUUUUAUGCACCAGCUGUUGUUUACAAAUAUACACAGACCGCCACCCCUUGUCUUACCGGAGUCAGCCGUUCUAUCCUGCCGAUGUAGUGUAUAUCCCGCCAGCUGUAUGUUAUCGAUGUCGUCGUUCAGCCACGACUCGGUGAAACAUAAGAUAUUACAGUUUUUAAUGUCCCGUUGGUAGGAUAUCCUUGAUCUUAGGUCGUCCAUUUUGUUUUCAAAUGAUUGUACGUUGGCUAAUAGGAUUGAUGGAAGAGGCAGAUUACUCUAUCUCCGUCUGAUCCUUACAAGGUACCCCGACCUAUGUCCACGAUAUCUCUGUCUCUUUCUCAUGCGAAUGACGGGGAUUUGGGCCUUGUCGGGUGUCUGUAGAAUAUCCUUCGCAUCCAACUCGUUGAAGAAAAAAUCUUCAUCCAAUACGUGGUGAGUAAUCGCUGUCCUGAUUUCCAGAAGCUAUUUUUGGUCACAAGAGACGGUGGCAGAAACAUUAUGUACAGAAUAAAUUAUAAAUAACUACGAAAAAACACAAAUAAAAGCACAAUUGGUUAGAGGGCCGUAAAACGGCAGCCAUCUCCUCCGGCGCCAUCUACUGUAUCUUUCUGGCCUGUUUGAUAAUGCUGAAAUAUAGCCACAGCGUCAACAAUUCCAACUUUUCACACAGUUCACCACACCUGCAAGACUUGGUGACAAUAGUUGUUCUUGGCUUGGGUCUCCAUUGUAUUUAAUUGACGUCAGAGCAGAGAGGGAAGAAAGCCAGUGCAACACUGUAUCAAAUCCAUUACAAAGAGAACAAUUAGACAGUCUGCUGGGUUAUUUGACAUAGAAAAGCUGGGAAAUCACCUAAUAACCUUAGUACAUCAUUACAGAGGCGCUAGACCCACUGAAAUAUGUGGCAUUGAAUCAGGCAGAUUGAAUCAGAAGGCAUACUUCUUUAACGUGCCACUAUAAAGACCUCCCUCUGAUAUCUAUUCACAUCCCUAUAUAAUAUAGAUGUGAUAUUCCCGGUUGUGUUGUAGGCGAGGCGUAAAUUCCAUCCUAGCUUUUGUAAGGUUGAAUUUUACACAAGGUGGUAAAUCAGAGAGGAAAGUUAAUACGAACAGGAAGUGUAAAUGAGAACGGGGCUUGUUAGUAUGCAAAACACACUCUAUAGCAUGGCAUGCUCGGGGGGGAAUACAAGAGUGAGUGUGAAAGAAGAGAGAGUGAGGAUUCCAACAAGAGCAAGAGCAGGCGAGAGGAGGAGGGUGCUGCAGCAUUGUGGUGGUGGUGGUGUCAGUGGAGCUCAUACACUGUAAUGGCGUCCGUAAGCUUCCCAGCUGAAACAGUUCGGAAGAAUUUGUGCAUAUAUUAUGACGACAUUUAGUGACAUUUCUUUGUUAGUUUUGGACUUCAGUGAGGGUUUCUUCGGCUGUUCGGGCACAAGUUUUUUUCUAGAGGCAAGCCGAAGUCGGUAGCCAAAGUCAGUAGCCGAAGUCUACGCCCCUUCGUCGGUGAUUGGUGAACAGUAGGGAUUCUUCAAUAAAGUCUUUGUUGUCAUUCAAUGAGAGACAACUCAUUUUCAUGCAAAUUUUUUCAUUGAGAAAUACUGCACCAAACAUCUUAGUUAGAUGUAAAACUGCGCGACUAAGAUCUCCUCUGCAGAAACGUCCAAAUUAAUGACAGAUUUCUUGAGUUAUCUUAGAUUAAUUCUGACUAUUUUGAGGAACUGGCUACGGCAUCUCAAAAUGGACAAACUACUAUUGCUCUAUUUUUCUCGUUUUCCAAGCAAAGAUCUUUAAAGGGAGUAUGCAAGCACACUUGUUCGGUUCUGCUAGCCGACUUCAGCUAGGCGCCAGCCGAACUGAAGCAUACUGACGCCUUUAGCCAUAGCAGCGAGUGGCGUGAGUUGACUUUUCUGAUGGUAAUUUCCUGUCAAGGGUCCUCCAGCCUCCCCUGUCUUUGUAGUGGGAGGAGAUCAGCUGGUCCUCAGCAGUCUGAAUCCCCCUCUCCUCUCUUAUCCAGGCGACUUAAGGAGUCCGCAUGCUUCCCAGCCGAAACAGUUCGGAAGAGUUCAUGCAUAUAUUAUGACAACAUUUUGUGACGUUUUUGUUCGUUUUGGACUUAGGUAAGGUUUAUUUCGGCUGUUCGGACACACAACAUUUUUUCCUAGAGGCAAGCCGAAGUCGGUAACCGCAGUCUACGCCCCUUCGUCGGUGAUUGGUCAACAAUAGGGAUUCUUCAAUAAAGUAUUUGUUGUCAUUCAACAAGAGACAACAUUUAAUUAUGUGUUUCGUUUCCUUAGGGAGACAAGAUUAUUGGGUAGGAUUUAGACCUUCACUGUCUCUGGUCCACACUCCAGUCCAGUUGGUGGUGGUAAUGCACCUUAAAGUUGGUUGCCAACUGCCAUAUACAAUCCACAGAAGAAGAAGAACAACAACAACAACAACAACAACAAGAGACGACUCGUUUUCAUGCACAUUUUUUCAUUGAGAAAUACUGCACCAAACUUCUUAGUUAGAUGUAAAAUUAACGUCAAAAUUAAUGACAGAUUUCUUGAGUUACCUUAUAUUAAUUCGAACUAUUUUGAGGAAGUGUAUACUGGCUACGGCGUCUCAAAAUGGACAAACAGUACUAUUGUUGCUUUUUUUCUCGUUUUCCAAGCAAAGAUCUUGUUCGGUUCACCUAGCUGAACUGAAGCAUGCUGACACCUUUACAGGAGCAAUUAGGGUUAAGUGCCUUGCUCAAAGGCACAUUGACAGAUUUUUCACCUAGUCGGCUUGGGGAUUCGAACCGCUAGGCUACUUGCCGCCCCACCCCUCUCCUCCCCUCUCCUCUACUCCACACCAGCGGAAGCAGCAGACAGUGAAAGGUGGUCUAGCCUACUCUCUGCUCUGCUGUGCCUCCCCUUCCCACCACUCAAUAGUCUAUUCACCUCUCUGAGCCAGUGGCCAUAGACCCCAUAGACCAGGGCAGGGGGUAUUUAUUAAAAUAUUAUUAUUCAAUGGUCUCUUUUCUGCACGAACAAGAGGUCGCUGAGAAACCCUGACCCGUGAUGACAGCCUUUUUCCGUGCCACCAUUCCUCAUAAUAGAACCGACUGUUGCAUGUGUGUUUAUAUUUAGUGGGAUAAAGAGCAAAGACUUUUACUUCCACUUUUUUCCGCCCUGGUCUCAACUUAAAUCGGGCACAAUGUGUGCGCUUUGUCUGAGAGGGUCUGAGAGGAUCUCAAGAGGAAAGGAAGGAGAAGACACCAAUGGGACACUUUGUUGGAUUUCCUGACCAGUCCCAAAUAUUUUGUAAGAGGAGCUGAUUCUGUCCGCGCUGUUAGUCGUCAGUCACCCUGGGCAACGAAAAUACUACCGGCUGACCACUUAUCCUAGUCCAACGGUCAGCUCAGUUCCAGGAAGUGUCUUAUUUAUGUCCACCAUGUACAACAUUUUGGUGUGCAUAGGGGUUCUAAAGUUGAUGUUCAUUAUGAAUUAUAAACCUCAUAGUGUUACAGAGAAAUCAAGGAUUUGUGUUAUGUUACACAUAAUUUAUUAUAUCAGGGCCAGUAGUUUUGCCCAGUAAUGUUAUGUGACCAGGAAAAACUCUGGAGUUCAGCUAUAGCCUAAUUAGGGGCUGGGGGUUUGUCCUAGUGUUCAGGGGAAAACCCAGCCCUAGAUAUGAUAAAUACAGUACAUGUUACAUACAGUAUAAUACCAUCACCUUAACACCCAAGAUUCUCUUCUGUUUGCCAGUACCCACUCAACAGCCAGAUGUCACGGAUGGAGCCCUGCUUGAUGGGAGGUACUCCUCGGCUGCACCCUACGCCCGUGGCCCCCCGGUGGGCUGAUGUCUCCCCGGCCAACAGCUGUUACACCAGUCCCCCUAUACACUCCUCCCGCUACGCUGCCUCUGGAGACAUGUACUCCCCCCUGGCCCCUCGCAGGAACUCUGAGUACGAACACUCACAACACUUUCCCGGCUUCGCCUACAUCAAUGGAGAGGCCACCACAGGCUGGGCCAAGUAGGCUUCCUAUUCAGCCCUCAGAGAGAGGAUCUCCCCUGGGCACAGUCAUGCCCAUGCAGCCUGCCUGCCAAGCCUAUGGAUGCAAAUGUCCCACUGCCUUUCCCCAACACGACCCAUAGGCACCUAAUCAGGAGUAUCAGUGUAAUGGUAGGGGAGAGACGCUGGAGAGUAGCAACACUGGGUUACCUGAGCCACAGGCCACAGCACAGACAACCAAGCUAAGAUUCAGGACUUCUUCUCACAUUACACAAUCAGAAUAUUGUGGCGUAGGCCUAGUCUGUUCAGGGCAGCAAACGUCUCAACGGUGGGGCUGUUUGUUGUUUGCAGAAAAUGGCCAUGCAAACGGAGGCAGUCGGAAUAAUCUCACAUAUGGAAGUAUGCAGUGUGGACUGCCCAGCUGUGCCUUUGCAAUCGAUGAACACCCAUCCCUGCAGUCGACCUACAGAUGUAGGAUCUUAAU